UACAAAUGUCAAGAAUGUGGAAAAGCUUUUAACUGGUACUCACAUCUUUCUGUACAUAAAAUAAUUCAUUCUGGAGAGAAACCCUACAAAUGUGAGGUAUGUGGCAACACCUUUAACCGGUUCUCACAUCUUUCUGAACAUGAAAGAAUUCAUUCUGGAGUGAAACCCUACAAAUGUGAAGAAUGUGGAAAAGCCUUUAACUGGUACUCACACCCUUCUGUACAUAAAAAAAUUCAUUCUGGAGAGAAACCCUACAAAUGUGAAGAAUGUGGAAAAGCCUUUACACGGCCCUCAACCCUUUGUGUACAUAAAAGAAUUCAUUCUGGAGAGAAACCCUACAAAUGUGAAGAAUGUGGAAAAGCCUUUAACAAAUCUUCAAACCUUUCUGUACAUAAAAGAAUUCAUUCUGGAGAGAAACCCUAUAAAUGUCAAGAAUGUGGCAAAGCCUUUAAUGUAUCCUCAACCCUUUCUGUACAUAAAAGAAUUCAUUCUGGAGAGAAACCCUACAAAUGUGAGGUAUGUGGCAACACCUUUAACCGGUUCUCACAUCUUUCUGAACAUGAAAGAAUUCAUUCUGGAGAGAAACCCUACAAAUGUGAAGAAUGUGGAAAAGCCUUUAACAGUUCCUCAACUGUUUCUAAACAUAAAAGAAUUCAUUCUGGGGAGAAACCCUACAAAUGUGAAGAAUGUGGCAAAGACUUUAGCCAGUACUCACACCUUUCUGUACAUAAAAGAAUUCAUUCUGGAGAGAAAUGCUACAAUUGUCAAGAAUGUGGAAAAGCCUUUAACAGAUCCUCAACCCUUUCUGUACAUAAAAGAAUUCAUUCUGGGGAGAAACUCUACAAAUGUCAAGAAUGUGGAAAAGCCUUUAACAGUUCCUCAAACCUUUCUGUACAUAAAAGAAUUCAUUCUGGAGUGAAACCCUACAAAUGUGAAGAAUGUGGAAAAGCCUUUAACUGGUACUCACAUCUUUCUGUACAUAAAAAAAUUCAUUCUGGAGAGAAACCCUACAAAUGUGAAGAAUGUGGAAAAGCCUUUAACAAAUCUUCAAACCUUUCUGUACAUAAAAGAAUUCAUUCUGGAGAGAAACCCUACAAAUGUGAAGAAUGUGGAAAAGCCUUUAACAAAUCUUCAAACCUUUCUGUACAUAAAAGAAUUCAUUCUGGAGAGAAACCCUAUAAAUGUCAAGAAUGUGGCAAAGCCUUUAAUGUAUCCUCAACCCUUUCUGUACAUAAAAGAAUUCAUUCUGGAGAGAAACCCUACAAAUAGAAAACCUACAAAUGUGAAGAAUGUGGAAAAGCCUUUAACUGGUACUCACACCUUUCUGUACAUAAAAGAAUUCAUUCUGGAGAGAAACCCUACAAAUGUCAAGAAUGUGGAAAAGCCUUUAACAGGUCCUCAACCCUUACUGCACAUAAAAGAAUUCAUUCUGGAGAGAAACCCUACAAAUGUGAAGAAUGUGGAAAAGCCUUUACCAAAUCUUCAAACCUUUCUGUACAUAAAAGAAUUCAUUCUGGAGAGAAGCCGUACAAAUGUUAA